GGAAAGAGUGGGUGGGUGGGGAUAAAAAAUAAAAAUAAAUGAGAGCCAUGGCCGGAGGGACCCCCGCGCAGGUGCUGGCAGCAUUCGGGGAUGUGGCCAUCUGCUUCUCUGCCGAGGAAUGGGCAGAGCUGGCCGGCUGGCAGAAGGACCUCUACCGCGACGUCAUGGCCGAGAACUUCCAGCUAGUCUCCUCCCUGGAAUGCCUGCUGGCCAUCCCUGACCUGCUGUCCCAGCUGGCACAAGGAGGGGUGCCACAGAUAGGUGCCAGACGACCCCCAGGGCAGGAUGAGGAGUGCCAAGUGGUGAGUCUGGAGGAGGUGGCGGCAAAAAGCACCAAGGAGUUGCAAGGGCCUCCGGAGCAUAUGAAGAAGCCCCGCAUCUCCCAUCCUUCCAUGCCGGGAAAGAAGCCCAAACGGCCACUUCUGCAGCCUGGAGGAAAAGCACCCGUUGCAGGCGAAGGAGAGGGCGUCCUGGAGUCAAAAGCCAGCCCUCGGACACAGGAGAAACCCUACAAGUGCCCCAAGUGUCGCCGCAGCUUCCCAGGACGCAUCGCCUUGGGUGCUCACCGGCGUCUCCACAUCCGUAAGUGGCGCCAGCUGGUCCCCCAGGCAGCCGGAGGCUCCCUCUACGCCCCAGAGCAGGCCGGCCCCACGUUGGGUGACAUGGGCACCGGGGCCAGCCCCUUCCCCAGCAGCCAGGGCGAGGGCAUGCUGCCCUUCUGGCCAGAGAUGGCGUUGCACCAGCAGGGCCUGCCGGCCGCCAACUUCAACCCCUUGACACUCUGCUACAGGCCACAACCACUGCCAGGCCACCAGGCGCCCGGCCUGCCGAGCAACGGGGAGUUUAUCUGCGACCAGUGCGGGUGGAGCUUCCAAGGCUGGGAGGAGCUGGUGACCCACCAGAUGGCCCACAUGGCCGCUGAGGGCAUUGCCGGCUCGGUGCCCAAAGCGGAGGCGCUGGCACACUUGGCCACCGACCGGCCAUAUGCCUGCACGCAGUGCGGCAAGAGCUUCCGCCACAAGCCCAACCUGCUGGCCCACCGGCAGGUGCACACGGGCGAGCGGCGCUACCAGUGUCAGGAGUGCGGCAAGUCCUUUGGCAGCAAGGCGUACCUGGCCUCCCACCAACACAUCCACACCGGGGAGAAGCCGUACGUGUGUGCCCAGUGCGGGAAGAGCUUCCGCCACAAGCCGAACCUCAUCUCCCACCAGAAAAUCCAUGCGCGGGAACCUCUCGCCCAUGGCAGCCCGCACCCGCUCGAGACCUUCAAUGGGGAAGCCUUCUCCAGCCUGCAACACCCAGUGCCUGAACCUCUUGGCCUGGAUGCCUUCCUACCCGCCCGUCCGGCUGUCGAUGCGCUCUUGUCUUGCGCCCGGGGCACCACGCCGCUGCCUCAGCUGGCCGGGAUCCUUCCUCCGCCCUCCCUGCAGCCGGCGGUGAACCGUCCCUUUGUGUGCCCGGUGUGCGCCAAGCAAUUCCGUUGCAAGCCCUACCUGGUGGCCCACAUCAGGAUCCACACCGGGGAGAAGCCGUAUGCCUGCAGCCGCUGCCCCAAGCGCUUCUCCCAAAAGUCAAACCUGGUCUCACACGAGCGCCUGCACACGGGCGAGAAGCCCUACGCCUGCCCGCUCUGCCCACGCGUCUUCAGCCAGGGCUCCAACAUGCGGGCGCAUCAGCGCAGCCACCGGAACAUGACCGGGGCAGAAGUGGAGGGGGGACUGCACGCGGGAUACCCGACCCGACAGUUUCAGCAACCGAAUUAAAGAAGGGGAGGGGCUGUCUUUCUACUGCUGUGCGCUUAGUCUCGGCUUCUCUCACUCCACCCACUUUUUCCUCAGACAAGGGAAUGCAGAAAAUCAACACAGAAGCCCCUCCUGCCUCCAAGGGCUGUCCCCAACACACCGCAUGUCUGUCAGAAGGUGCCUUAGUUUUCGUCUUGGGGGCAGGGAUGUUGAGAGGGACCCUCAACCCCAUGGCACCGUGCCCUGGGGUCUCCAAGAACUGAGGAGCUGGCAAGGGGACAACGACCACUUGGUAGGAUUUCAUUGGUAUUCAGCGAGAGCCACGGCAUGGUGGGCGGGAAGUGUUCAGGUGCAGGACGACCAAGUUGGAAGGGACCUUGGUGGUUGUCCUGUUUACUUCAGGGGUGGAGCAAAAUGGGGGUUGAAUGCCCCCCUCCCCCAUAGGCAGAAUCAUUCACCGAUGAGUCCCGGGUAGAGGGGCGCACAACGGGAGGUGUGGCUUAUCCCCCUCCUUCACGGUGUUAACCCUUCACUGGUCUCCAAGGGCCGUCCCUCGUGGAGGGAGAAGGACUAUGUAUUUUUUAAAAAGAGACAGUAGGGCAGGUACCACGAAUGGUGUGCUCAGUACGGGGGACUCACUUUCGCCUCGAUCUACAGGACUCCAACCUCAGGCAAAACGUACAGCUUCAAAAGACGCGCAGUGGGGGGACGCAGAGAUGGGUCUCCUGGUCCAUCUCCCAAGACCCCUGGAGGCCGCUGGAGACCCAUCUGGGUCUCCCUGUGGGAGAACUGCGUCAUUGGAGUCCCCGCACGCCAGGCUGGAGCGCUGCCCUGCCCCACCCCGCCCGCUUUCUCAUGAUUUCCCUAUUUAUGGAAUGAGUAGAAUUUGGGUUGUCAGAAACGGGUGAGAAAAGGCCAGAUCAUCAGCUUCCAAUUCCCGAUGUGGGCUGACAGCCACAGGGGGGUAGCUCCGUGGUGGAAA